GUUACAUCAUUACAUUCUCCAACCCCAUAAUGUAGGAUCAAGGUGUGUUUUUCAAUAAAUUUUUUGAAGCAACCUUUCGCAUACCGUUUCUUCAAAAGAAUUGUCGCUCGUUAUGAUUCUUCCCUCAGUCAAUAUCAACAAUUACAAUCAAUCGCUAUUUCGUCUCUGCACGAUGUGCACCUAUUCCGGUGGAUGAAUUUGCUGAUUGAAUGAAUACGCAGUUCUAGGUUUCAAACGAUAUUGAAGUACAUCUCGAUAAGUCAAAAUGCUGGGACGGGAAGUUUUUCCUCUACGCGCGGUUCGUAUCGAUCGCCGCGUCGAACUAGGCUUGUGGUGCCGGUGGCUCAUUUCGUACGUGGCUGUUGCCCUAGUGUGCUUUCGGGCGCUAGGUGGCUUCGUUGGCUCCCUUCUCGAAAAUCGUCACAAGAAGCAGUUGAAUGGUGCGAAAAAGUUCGUCGCGAGCAGCAGCGGAGAGGGAUUUUUGGCGCGAGUCCUGUCUUCGGUAGGCGCUUUUCUGGCGAGAAUUCAUGCACAGGACAACGUUGUGAUUGAGCGCAGUCGCCGAUGUUGGUUCUUCGUGCCCACGAUUGAAACCGUCUUCGACACCCUGUUGGACAAGUGUGCCCCAAGUUUCGCUUCGCAUGCACUGUCGCAAUGUGCAGCGCUUCAACAGGCAAUGGAAAUCAUGCUAGCGAAAUUACUAGCGGAGCGCCUUUUGGAAAACAAGAGCGAUCUCACCGAAGACGUAUUUUCACCUGCUAACAACGAUGUCAUCAUGAUAUUCUUUGCAAAGAAAGAGAUGUUCUUAAUUUUCAAGCACAUGAGAUUUACGUAGUCCAUUCGUCAACAUUCAUGAUGAUCAUGUCCUUACCGGAACAUGUAGAAGGCUUACUCCUUCACAUCUUUAAUGAUUAUGCCUACAACGACAGCCCGCUAUCGCGGCGGCGCGUCAGUAUCAUAAGAAGCCGACCGUGCGCGUGACAUUGUGGGGAGCGCCGGGUCUUUUGUUCUCGCUGGUGCUAUCAUUUUGUCCCAAAGCGGAUACUCCCUUGGACUUUUUGCUGCAAUUCGGAAUCCAAUUGCAUCGUGGCGUGUUUCGGCUGUUAAGCGAGUACGUGUGGACAGCAGACGCAGAGCGGUUUGUGGCACAACGCAUCGGCGACGAGCAACUCGACAAAAUGUGUCGGACGGGUCGGGAGUUCAACAUUUUUGUGAAAAAAGCGAUUGCGAGGCACUUCUUUGGAGUGAAUGUCGUUGAGAUAGAGGAAAUGCGGCAAUUUUUUCGUGAGCAUCCGGAACUCCUAGUCUUGGAGGCAUCAAAAAGUCAUCGACUUUUGCAGGAUAGGUAAUCUACUUGGUGCUGUUUUUCAAAAGGAAGGCAUACUACUUGACUGACAACGUUUAUGCAGCAUAUCUGCAAUUCAGAACACUAAUGAAUACUAUCAGCCGGCUAACUUCCCUCGAUGGUUCGCAGGUCGUCCGUAGUCCUUAUUCGCAAAAUACUAAUAAAUACUAGACGUUUCUAGAGGACUCUCCGACUUCGAAUGUUGCCUGCUGCAGGUACUUCGUGAAAGCGGGCGCGACUAAGUCUGGCGACGACGUGGAGAUUGUUGAAUCCGCUAACGACGUUAUCGAGCGCAUUGUGACAUCGCAGAAUAUUCGAAAAUACCUUGCGGACAUCGAAGGCCGAGCGUUUGCCUCCCCCGUGUCAAGUGCGUUGUCGUCUCCUAUGGUCAGUGAUGCCCGCGGGACGGGAGCGACGUCAUCUGUACGAGAAAAGGAACAACCUUCUCGUCACCACGGUGGUUUCAAUAGUACUAAAACAGGUGGUAGUACUAGUUCGUUGCAGAUCAUAAAUGAUCGCACAGCGGCCACAACUUCUUCUAGUAAACCACGGCCAGCGAUUGCCAAUGGCAGUAAGAGCAAGGGCGCGCUGCGAAAGCGGGUCACUUACGAGGACGAAAGGUUUACGUUGAGAGCAGCUUCAACGCGUAGUAACUCGUUCUCGACGACGCCGAGCGACCAGGAAGACGACCUCGGUGGCCGGUUUGUGCUUCGACAGGUUGCUGAAGUGCUAGGGGUCGACUUACCGCCUGGCGCGGAGGAAGAACUCGCCGCGAAACUAGAGGAUGUGGCCACUAAGCCAGAAUCCAAGCAGAGCAGCGUCUCAACCACUAGCACUGUUGAUAGCACCUCGGUAAGAUCAGAAGCUUCAAAGUUUGGAGCCGGCGGCGCCAUCUUCAAGAUUAGUGAUGCAGCGAAGAAGCCAGGACGAAAUUACUCCACUAGUGAUGGUGCUAAACGUGAGUCAGAAGCUGGCACUAAAGGUGCUGGAACUGCUGACUUGGCGAGUGUUUUCGAUGCAGUUACCGGGCAAGAGGAGAUGCCGGAGCUGGUACGAAGUGGCGAAGGGACAGGCUCUUCACUCAACACUGAGUUUUCGAGUCUGGCCUCAGCUGCCUCCACUCAACUCGACGACGAAUCAUCAGGCUGCGACGUCGAGAACUCAGAAUCGGAAGAACAGGCAACAACAGCAUCGGAAAAGGAACCCAUGGUGGACUACUCCUCUGAAGCAUUACCAUCGAAGAAAGGAAAGAAAUCUUUCACCGACAUCCUGGCUGCCUCGCCCACACCCUUCCCAUCGCCGGAGAAGAAAUCGAUGGCAGGAAGGUCGCAUGCCCCAAAAGCAAUGAUAGAGGACGAAGCGCUCGCAAUGCGCUUGCAGGACAACCUCUACAGCGAGAAGCGUAAUUACACAAACGAGCGGUACGGCUUUACCUUGGACCUUCCUCCGCCACCGGAGGGGAGGCAGCAAAAUUCCGAAGCGCAAAUCAUACUAUCGUCCCAGUAAAGAUUCAUCACAUGACGCAUUUCGUGUUGCGUUGUAAUUUUGGAUUUUUAGAUAGUUCCGAGUACUUCUUUGCUCAUAACUUUAUUUGUGCAGCAAUGGAACCAAGAAUCUCCUUAACGUUCACGUUAAGCGAUUGAUUUCAGAUAGACUCCGCCUGUCAGAAAUCGUACUCCGCUGGUUAGAAAUGCACGAUUGAUGGCAAGCAAUGGCUUCGUUGUGCUUUCGAGCAUCACAAUCAAUGUGUGAACAAGAAAUGAUUUUUUUUCGAGUUUUGAGGUUUGUCUGGCUAAUUACACAUGUUUACCUUUGAUUACCGUGUUAUACUCUACACAUGACGAAACUAGGGAUAUGAGCAGUGGGACAUGCAUAGGCAACCCUUGUUGUUGCUAGCUUGUCUUCACACACACUCACACACGACGCAGAGACAUAUUUCCCCUGGUAGAAGCAUGAAACUUCACGCCUUAUGUCUAGAGAAAAACUUUGGUCACCAUUUUCGAUGUAUACAGAUCAAGAUGAAUUGCUUGCGUGUUACGGG